AUGUUUUCGUUUUCGUCACAAAUUUAUUCUUUCCCUUUUCAUUUCUUCUACUUUAUUUUCAAUUUUCAUUCUUUCCUUCAAGUCUCUUUCUUUUUCUUCUUUCAUAUCACAUUCCUUUGCAUGCAUCACUUUUCGUUCUUUUCUUGUUGGCUGCUUUUUUUUUCUCGUUUUUCUCGCUUUCUCCAGGUUUUCUUUCUUUCUUUCUUUCUUUCUUUCUUUCUUUCUUUCUUUCUUUCUUUCUUUCUUAUUCCCCCCAUUUCUUUGUAUCUUCUUCCAGAUUCAUCUUUUUUUCUUUCUUUCUUUCUUUCUUUCUUUCUUUCUUUUUCUCCCACUUUUUCGUAUUUUCCCUUGUAUUAUUUUCUUUUUUCUCGCCUCUUUUUUAUCUUCUUCCAGAUUCGACUUUCUUUCUUUCUUUCUUUCUUUCUUCCCCACUUUUUUGUUUUUUCUUUUGCCUUUUUGUUGCUUUCUUUUUUCUCGUCACUUUUGCAUCUUUUUGCAGAUUCGUCUUUCUUUCUUUCUUUCUUUCUUUCUUUCUUUCUUUCUUUCUUUCUUUCUUUCUUUCUUUCCAACGUUUUCGAUUUUUUCUUUUGCCUUUAUGUUGCUUUCUUUUUUCUCGUCUCUUUUGUAUCUUCUUCCAGAUUCAUCUUUCUUUCUUUCUUCUUACAUUUUUCAUCUUUUUCUUACUUUUACCACCGCCACUCCUCAAUAUUUCUGAUCUUUGUCCUUUUCGUUCUUUCUUUCUUCUUUUCAUUCUACUUCCUUCCCCUCUUCAUUUCUUACUCUCUCUUCUUCUUUCACUUUUUCUUUUCUUUCACUUUUUCUUUUCUUUCACGUUCUUUUCUUUCACAUUCUUUUCUUAAACGACACGUUAAACACAUUCUUCUUUCUUUCUUUCUUUCUUUCUUUCUUUCUUUCUUUCUUUCUUUCUUUCUUUCUUUCUUCAACCUGUUCUUUAAUGAGAAUAAAUCCUUGCCUUUGCAUAUCUUAUGCAGCCUACUAUAUGCGUGCCAGAUCCAGUUACUCUCUCCCUCUAUAACUCUCUGUUUUUCUCCGUUUUCUCUGUUUUUUAUUCCCUUUUACUCUCUUUCUUUCAGUUUCUCUCAGGAAAAAGGUUAA